AAAAUAAAAGUAAAGUAAUAGAAUAUUUUGAACAGAAUUAUUCCAAUCAUUUUAUAUAUCAACCACCUUGUGACGAAAAUCAAACGACAGUUGUAUUGAUUGAUGGUGGCAUGUUAUUACAACAUCGUCCAAGAAAAGAUGAUACGAUAACAACGUAUGCAAAAAAUUUAUUACAACAAAUAUUAGAUAAAAAUAUAGUUAUGUGUGACCGUAUUGAUGUAAUUUUCGAUUCAAACCAAAGUGCCACAUCAAAAUCUUUCAUUAAACGGCAUGCUAAUCAAAAAUUAAACACUUAUCAGUUGUCAAAGAAUACACAAUUGCCAUUUACAAGGGAUGAAUAUGAUAAAUUUAUAAAGGAAAAUCGUGCUUUAUUAGCUCUACAAGUACGUGACGCCUGGUUGAAAAUGCAUCCAAUGAUUUCACUUGGAAAACUAUUUUAUGUUAGUGGUCCGAAUGAAGAUUGUUAUACACUUACAAAAAAUAUAUGUACAAAAGAUUUAUUGUUGUCAUCGAAUCAUAUUGAAUUUGACACACGUGUACUUGUUCACAUACAAAAUGUUAGUGACUACAAUUUGUACAUCAAUAUUAUUAUCGAAUCAGCUGAUACAGACGUGUUAUUAUUAAGCAUUGCAUAUUCAUUAGAUUUUGACGGUUUAGACAUGAUAAUUGACCGAACAACAAAUAUACAAAAAACGAAACACAGUUGUGACAAAGAAUUAUUAGAAUUUGAACAGACACUAUUAACAUAUAAAGCAGUUACAUCAGCUGAAAAAUUAAUAAUACAGUGUUAUAAAUGCAUUGCAACUACUUUAGACGAAGCCCGUGUGCAUCAAGCAAAAAAAGUUGUUAAUGGUACAUCAUCAUUAAAAUCAUUUUUACAACAAUUACCAUCCACAUCGGACGGAUUCAGACAGCACCUUCUUCGUGCACAUCUUCAAACAAGAAUUUGGCUCCAAGUACGUGAAUCAUAUAUACAAUAUCCGCUUCCAGAUGGAAACGGUUAUAUUGAAACAAGUAAUGAGACAUGUAUCAAUAGACAAUCACAAAUAGCAGUAAACAAACAACAACAAUCAAAACGAAAAUCCACAUCACCACCAACACAACAUCGAACUAUUAGAAGAAAUACGAAUACACGAACAACAAAAAUGUUCAUUCUCGACAUUUUAGAUCAGAACGAAAUGGAAGAGGAUAUAUCAAGUCAAAUAGCAGAAGAGACAAGUAGUAAUGAAGGCAUAACAACUGAUGACGAUGAAGAAGAAAUAGAGGAAAACAUUUUAUACGAAGAUACACAAUCAACUUUAUUAGACAUGGACGAACAAAACGCCGAUGGUUCUAGUUUAUCGUUUUCCACCAUUUAUGAUCAUAAUUAUGCACGUCGUGUUUGA